CUUUCUCCUAUAUUAUAUCCCUUCCUCAUUUCUCUCAACUCAUCAUAAGAAAGAAAAAACGUGGUGGACUAUAGAAGAAAAAAGUUGAAAAAAUGAGCUGCAAUGGGUGCAGAAUAUUAAGAAGAAGAUGCAGUGAUAAUUGUACUUUGAGGGCGUGUUUGGAUGGUAUUGAUGAUCCUCGUGCACAGGGUAACGCUACUCUCUUCGUUUCCAAGUUUUUUGGCCGUAGCGAUCUCAUGUCCUUCAUCUCCGCUGUUCCACAAAAUCGACGACCUGCUUUGUUUAAAUCGCUGUUAUUCGAAGCAUGCGGAAGGACGGUGAAUCCGGUGACCGGAGUAGUAGGGCUUUUAACGACGGGUAACUGGCACGUGUGUCAAAAGGCGGUGCAGACGGUUCUAGCUGGUGGCAAUCCACUGAGUUACGGCGGCACGUGGGAUAUUCCAAGCCAAUUCUCAAACGAAUCCGGGUCGGAUCACGUUGAUACAACAGAGUGGAUCGGGUCGAGGAAGAGGAGGAGAACGACGUCGUCAUUUGGUUCGGAGACGGAGUUAUCGGAGUUGGAUAGUGUGAAAGGGGAAGAAGAACCAAAGCUUUUGAAUCUGUUUGUUUGAAAAGGCUAAAGGCAUAGGCUAAUCCGUCGGUAAAUAGGAUUAGCUAUAAUUUUGCUGUUUAGCUAUAAAAUUUGUCGAAUAUUGCCAAUUACUGUUGACGAUGAGUAGUUUUCUAGUUGAGUUUGGUGUUUUGUGAGUUCGAACUCAAUUGGAAAAUCGGAAAAUGUAAGGAACUAAACAUGAGUUGUAUGUUUAAUUGAGUGUCAACUGACCAUAUUAUAUUUUUGGCUGAAUAAAUAUAUGAGUAUUAUAGUUA